AUGAAUGCCAGUGACAAUCGUGAAAAAGCGCAGCUAAAUACAUUCCUGUUCACAUAUCGCCGGGCACCAAAUGUCACCACUACUGAAUCACCUGCAAAGUGGUUCCUCAAUUGUGAAAUACGAUCGCGACUAGAUAUCCUGCAUCCUGACAUCAUAAAGACUGCACAAGAUAACCUCAAGAGCAGCGGAUUCCUGCGAACCUUUUAUGAGGGACAAAAGGUUGCAACAUGUAAUUAUUCAUCACCUGACAAAAAAUGGAAAAUUGGAAGAGUAGUCAACAGGGAUGGGGAUUUGAACUACACACUAUUAGUGGAGGGGCAGUUGUGGCGACGCCAUGCGGAUCAAAUCAGAGCAGUGGGGGCAGGAGCUGAGGAGGAUUCGCCUGCCAACUUGAAUCGGCCAGUGUUGGCACGCCAAGUGACUCAGCCACCAGGAAUGCAGCAGGCAGAAAGCAGCCAGGGCGUGGAACAGCAGUCAGCGGUAGCGGUGGAGAUACAGCCACAACCUGUAGAUGCAGCACAGCAACAACCUGUAGACGCAGCCCCUGAACCAGUCCUGCCAGAGCCACCACGUCGAUCAGGCAGAGAAAUAAAGAGGCCAGUAUGUUUGAACUUGUAA